AUGGGCCAGAUCAGACCCUCACACGUUGGAAUUGGGUCCAUCGGGGGUGACCAGAACGCUGUCUCUUCCGCUUCUUUUGUGGCUCCGGUUCGGUCAACCGUCGCCUUUGGAGGGGAUGAAUUACCCUCGGUUUUGUCUGCAGCUAACGGAGUCCACGGGUUUUUGGCUGGUGAUAAGACUGAGACUGAGACCGCCGGUGUCGUUCUCACGUUGUACCCGAUCCCUUCGGCUUCAAGCUCGGAGCCUUUGGUGACAGUCACAGGGGAACCGUGGGGAGAUACUACAAGUUCCGCCUUUGUCAUCCACGGAUCAGACACUUUGAGCUCGACUGGCUCUACGACCAUUGCACCUCUUCCCUCGAGCGCCAUUUCAAUCGCGACAUCCGCAGCUGCCGCCGAUUCAUUUGCCUCUCAAACGACAACCACUACGCUCACAACCGGGGCUAGGACCACAUUCGAAUUCUACGAGGCUGGUGUGGACAAACAGUGUUCCCCGACCGAGCAGGACGUGGCCAACAUGGACGAAUUCCACAAUGUCAUGGUGUAUCUCGCACAUCCGUCCUCCAAGUAG